GUUUUGUGAUAAUUUUAUUAUUAGUAAAUAUGUAGUUUUACGAUAUUUAGUCUUGUAAACCCCCUUAUUAAAAAAAGUUUAAACCCAACAAGAAAAUCGCAUAUAGUUUAGGGGCUAAACUCGACUUUAUUUUCUUCCUUGGGAGUGGCAAAUGACGAGACUACCCCUCCUCCUCCACUCGCCCCGCUUCGCCGCCGCACUGACCACGCCGCCGCCGCCGCCGCUGCCACCGGCGCGCCGCCUCGUCGCCGCCGCUGCAGGAGGAGACCUAUCGCUCGCGAUGUCGGCGGCAACCGGGGAGUACCCGGUCCCGGUCUCCCCUCCCUACCCGGCGGCGUCCAAGGACGUGGAGCUCCGGCGCGCCAUGACGGCCUCGGCGCGCUCCGCCGCCUACUCCUCCGCGCCCGUCGUGUUCGAGGACGAGUGGCUCGCCGUCGUCGACAAGCCCGCGGGAGUCUACUGCGACGCCCUCCUCUCCGCUCUCCCUUGCUCCGCUGCCACAUUAGGGGAUGAAGCAACUAAACCUAACCUUCACCUCGCCAACAGGCUAGACCGUGAUACCAGUGGGCUCAUGGUUAUUACCAAAUGCAAUAAGGUUGCUGGGAAGCUAGUGAAGGCGUUUACAGAGCACAAAGUUAAGAAAACAUAUCUAGCUCUUUGCAUAGGUUACCCACCAGCAUGGGAGAAGAUUAAGAUAUGCUCUGGCCAUGGUCGAUCAAAACAUGGUGCUUGGCGUGUGUACGCUAUGUCUGAUGUUGGACGAUCACUACCAGGGGGUUCCGUUGUACGCGACAUGAGUACACGAUUUGAAGUUCUGGGAAUCAAUGGCAAGGGACAGUUUAGAGAACCAUCUAAUUUUGAAGUUGAUGAAACAGAGUCUAUUACCGUACAAGAGAAGGCAGCUGACCUGACUUCAGAUGGUGAUGAGAAGAACAGCAUAAUUUUGGUUAGAGCCUAUCCUCAGAGUGGACGAACACAUCAGAUUCGUCUGCACUGUCAGUAUCUUGGGUUCCCUAUCAGAGGUGAUGUGAAGUACAGCGGAGUUAUUGAGUGGAAUGGUGUGGAUUAUGAUGGCCAUGCAUUGCAUGCUGAGAGCUUGUCAUUUGUACACCCAGUCACUGGAUUGCCAGUCACCUUCCGGUCACCUCUCCCUUCAUGGGCGAAUGAAUUUAUUUCGACGAUGGCAUAAGUUCUUUCAACGUUAUUAUGAACUUGUGGAUGCAUUGCCUCCCAAUUGAUGCUGAUUUUUUAUUUUUUAACCAAGAGCACAUCCCUAAACUGUCGAAAGCAACUCUUGGAGCUAUCUUCGGGGAGAAGUAUUGGUCAGUGCCCAGUUGUCAUAUAACAAUCUCCUCCAGCAAAACAGUGCCUUCUUGGUCGUUGUUCGUGGAUAUCAGUACUUUGUGAAAGAAAAAAAAAACUACCAGUCUUCAACUAGGGCUGUGUUUAGAUCCAAAGUUUGGAUCCAAACUUCAGUCCUUUUCUAUUACAUCAACAUGUCAUACACACACAACUUUUCAGUCACAUCAUCUUCAAUUUCAACCAAAAUUCAAACUUUGCGCUGAACUAAACACAACCUAGUUAUAUGAUUGUUGUAACACAAUUUUGGGUUGAGAGUUUAGAGUGCUGAAACUGUAACCAUGAAAUGCCUUUUGUAGCAUAGGAGAUUCAGAUUGUUGUAAUAGCAUCGUUCCGAUGUUGAAAAUAUAGCCAAGCAUGCAUUGUGUACUA